AUGGAACUGGUUGAAGAUACUGUAGCAACUGCGGAGCCUGUCACAGAAGUUGGCGAAUUAGAUCUGACUGAAGAAACCGUGCUAGCGUUGGAAGCAGUAGACACUAUUGUGCCAGCUGAGAUAUCAGGUGCGGGUACAGAGGCAGAGGAAUUUGCUACAGAGGUUGAUGUAUGUAUUGCAGCAGAAAAGGAGGGUGAUAACGAGUCGCCACAGGGUGCCUUUGAUGCUGAGGACGAGCCAGCUGCUCCCACUGAACCAGAAGUGGAAGUGUUUGUUCCUGAGGUCAUCUCGGCUCCAGCUGAGGCUGCGACAGGGCCAGAUGUCCUGUCAACUGAAUCAGAGGAAGCUUCCAUCGCCCCAACUACAGUGUCUGAGGUUCCUGUCAAAUUUGUUAUUGCUACAGAAGCAGAGUCUGUUGAUACACACGACUCCAUUACUGUUGACUCAGGACCAGUCACAAUCCCUGGCCCCGAACCCAUUGCUACUGCUGAGAUGGAUCCUGUAGCAGCAGCAGGACAUGAACCUGCCACUGUCGAGUCGGAAGUGCCUGCACCCGAGAUUGUUAUUGAUGAAGUAGCCGCAGUUGUUCCAGAGAUUGCAGCUGAUAUGGAAGUGUAUGGACAAUCCCAAAUUGAGGUUUUACCUUUGGCAGAGGAACAGGUUGUGCUUGGCGAACUGGAAGAGCCUCACCUCAAAUCACCUUGGACGCCUUCUUGCUCAGUGACUGUACAAGGCAAUAUGGCUCACACUAAUGAGGGACUUGAUGACUUGGAGCAACUUCCCCCAAGUGCUACCCAGUUUGUUGCAGCAGAGGCAUUUGAAGAGCAACCUGUUUCUUUUACAGAAGCAUUCAUUUCUGGCGAAGUAAUCAGUUCUACCACAGUCAUUGCAGACAUACAUGCUACGCUUUCGGCAAUGCUAGAUGAGUCAGAUAUUCCUCAGGAUGUUGCUUCAGAGCAAGGUGUCAUCGCUCAAGCAGAACCUUCGGUACAGGCUCCACCCGAGUCACCUACUGUGGAGGAAGUACCUAAGGAGGAAAUUGAACAGGGAUCGUUCAUUGUUGAUGACGAGAGUACAGUUGGUGUAGAGGAUGUUCCUGAGGUCAAAUCAGACUCAGGGCUUCUGACACCCGUCAAUGACCCUGUUGGAGAAAGACCAAAGUCCCUAUGGACCCCUUCAUAUUCUGUCACCAAGCAGGGGCCAAAUGAUGCUGUUGAAGAAGUAGAGGAGCUUAAUGAAAUAGAAUAUCUAACUGGUCCACUCUCUAGCAUUCCUCCUGUCAUGACAGAGACUCCCUUGUGCUCAGAGGGUAAUGUGACUGUUUCAGACCUCUCUGAGACAUAUGACGACGUUGAGGCCAGUGGAACUCCAUUUGCCCGAGAGACCCCUCAGACAUUCCCUGCUCUCGAAGAGCCACAGAAGUUCACCAACAAGAAGCCAAGCUUGUUUGCUGUUGAUGAGCUUAAUGCUGCUGAGGUCACUGAAUCCAGCACCCUUCGCAUUGAUAUUCCCACCAACAACAGAGCCAACCGCAACAGACUGGAGUCCAUGACCUCUUCUCAUUUCUUCCCUGGUGGAUGGUUCUUCUCUUCACCCAAGGUUCCUGAGAGCUAG